UCGAGGCUGUACAGGUGUAAUUCAAAGUUGGCACUUUCCGUUUCAGUGGCUUACGCGGCGUUGAAGGGAACGCAACAGCAUGCCCAGGAAGCGCCGGAAGCGGAACCACAUCUGAAGAACCAACCGGAAAGGGAUAACUUAACAUAUAGCACUCAUCCGCCCCGAUGGCCACUGGCAUCGAGCUGCUGGUGGCCGCCGCCCUUUGCGCCGCCUGUCCAGCGCUCAACGAGUCCCUGCCCGCGAACCUCAUCCUGUUGGGCGAGGACGGCAGCCCAACCACCCCCCAGCUGCCCCUCGAGGUCGGACUGGACGAGGACGCAUCCGUGGAGACGCUGGAGACCCUCAUCGCCAAGAAGCUGAAGCUCCGCGAGAUGCGCGAGUGGAUCGGGGGCAAACACCUGCGCAUCGCCACCCUGGAGGUUCCGCUCAGCUACACGGAGCUCCUCGAGAACGGCACCCGCAUCGGCCACGGCGUCUCCUUCCAGAUCAUCGACUUCCUCAAGAAGAAGUUCAACUUCACCUACGAGGUCUUCGUCCCCCAGGAUAACAUCAUCGGCUCGCCCAAGGACUUCGAUCGCAGCCUCAUCGAGAUGGUCAACAGCAGUGUAGUGGACCUGGCUGCGGCCUUCAUACCCUCGCUUUCCGACCAGCGGAGCUUCGUUUACUACUCGACGACGACGCUGGACGAGGGCGAGUGGAUCAUGGUGAUGCAGCGGCCGAGGGAGUCGGCCAGCGGGUCCGGCCUGCUGGCGCCGUUCGAAUUCUGGGUGUGGAUCCUGAUCCUCGUCUCGCUGCUGGCGGUGGGGCCGAUCAUCUACGUGCUGAUCAUCCUGCGCAACCGGCUGACGGGCGACGGCCAGCAGACGCCCUACUCCCUGGGCCACUGCGCCUGGUUCGUGUACGGGGCGCUGAUGAAGCAGGGCAGCACCCUGUCGCCCAUCGCAGACUCGACCCGGCUGCUCUUUGCCACCUGGUGGAUUUUCAUCACGAUACUGACGUCCUUCUACACGGCCAACCUGACCGCCUUCCUGACCCUCUCCAAGUUCACGCUGCCCUACAACACGGUGGACGACAUCCUGUCCAAGAACAAGCACUUCGUGUCCAUGCGGGGCGGCGGUGUCGAGUACGCCAUUCGGACGACCAACGAGUCCCUGUCCAUGCUGAACCGGAUGAUCCAGAACAACUACGCCGUGUUCUCGGACGAGACAAACGACACCUACAACCUGCAGAACUACGUGGAGCGGAAUGGCUAUGUGUUCGUGCGGGAUCGGCCGGCGAUCAACAUAAUGCUGUACCAGGACUACCUGUACCGCAAGUCCAUCAGCUUCAGCGACGAGAAGGUCCACUGUCCGUUCGCCAUGGCCAAGGAGCCGUUCCUGAAGAAGAAGCGCACCUUCGCCUACCCGAUUGGCUCCAAUCUCAGCCAGCUCUUCGAUCCGGAACUCCUCAACCUGGUCGAGUCGGGCAUCGUGAAGCACCUGUCCAACAGGGACCUGCCCAGUGCGGAGAUCUGUCCGCAGGACCUCGGCGGCACCGAGCGGCAGCUGCGGAACGGCGACCUAAUGAUGACCUACUACAUCAUGCUGGCCGGCUUUGCCACCGCACUGGCCGUCUUCAGCACGGAGCUGAUGUUCCGCUACGUCAACAGUCGCCAGGAGGCGAACAAGUGGGCGCGUCACGGGAUCGGACGCACGCCCAAUGGCCAGUCGGUGGCUCCAUCCCGCUGGCUCCGCGCCUGGCGGCGACCGGAGAGCGGACAUGGCCAGCUCCUGGGCGCCUCCACCCACGCCCAGAACGUCACCCCACCGCCGCCGUACCAGAGCAUUUUCCAGGGCGGCGGUCAAGGGGAUCCACUGAACCGCUGGCGACGACCCCUCGGAAAUGGAAACGGCAUCGCCAUCGGCAAUGGAGUCCUUCUGGGCGGCGAUUCGGAGAACGGGGUGCGGCGAUUGAUCAACGGACGCGACUACCUGGUAUUCCGGAAUCCCAACGGCCAGAGCCAGCUCGUCCCCGUUCGAUCGCCUUCGGCGGCCCUCUUUCAAUACAGCUACACCGAGUAGAGAUAGGAUCGUAGAUCGUAGGCAGUGAUGGGAAUGUACUUUGUUGAUCAGAAAAAAUGAACAGUUUAUAUCAAAUAUAUUUUGAUUUUUAAAUAUUUUUUUUUAAAUUUUUGAACACGUAUCGAAAUGAUAUUUAAAUUACAGGUCAUUUUAUUUCACAAGAGUUACGUUUUUAACUAUAUUUAUCUUAAGUUAGAUCUGAAUGAAUUGGCUAUCUCUACAUAUCAUCAGAGUCCAUACUUCAAGGCUCAGUAGAAUUCCAAAAGUAUGAAUUUGUAUACAAAGUAUAAGUAUAAUUCCCAUCACUGUUUAUAUGCACUUGCAAAAUCAAAUUUCUAAACAACGCACUCAAGACGUAGACAUCCAAUACUUAUCAUUUUAUA